GAAUCAAGUCUCAAGCGACUGGCAAAUCGAGCGAUACAAACGUUUUCCACCCUACCAAGUCAUGGGCGCUUCAUGCCUCAAGCAGCGCUGACGAAUCCGACUGACAGCGUCCAUGGCAGCAAGAGGAGGUGGUGUUAGUCGUGCCAACGACAGUGCAGAGCUUGGCGAUACCGAAGACGAUGAAGUCACCCGUUGCGUGUGCGGGCGUACAGAGUCUUUUGGUGUUAUGGUUCAAUGUGAGGACUGCUUCGUAUGGCAGCACUGCGAAUGCAUGAACGUAAAUCCCAGAAAAUUGCCUAAACACUACUACUGUGAACGAUGUCAACCAGGGCACCACCAGCAUUCCACCACAAGACCUACUUCACACAGAACUUCUAGGGAUCGACCGGGAAGUGGCAAUGGCUCCGCUGUAGGCGGCAAGCCAACUCCUAAAAAACGCAAUACCAUGAAUAGCUUGGAGGCCGCACAACCUUAUACCGAACUACUCAUGUUCAAACCCGGUGACGAACCUAAUCCUGAUGACUCCUCUGGAGAAGUGGGCAGCCAUGAAAAUGACGUCGGUAAUGAUGCAGUACGGCGACGAUCCUCUCACGAUGUAGCCAGUGUGGAGGUCGUGAAGGAAUUGUUUUCCGAGAGUACACCGCUAGGGGACAUUGCAUUCAUCGAAAGAAGAACGAUUGAGGUCGAACAAGUUGGUGUAGAUCCAGCGGGCAUAGAUCAAACGCAAGUAAAUCUCAAGCGAAAGCGUGAACAAGUGUCUCAUCCCAUCCCACAUACCCCUGAUGAAGAAAAGGACACAAAUAUCAGGGUAGAUGUGGGUGAAAUAUGCGCCGAAUCAAACAAAUCGACCACUGAGCUGCGAAGCCCGCUCACCAAUGGUCGCAACAGCUCUGCUGAAGAGGGAUCGGAGCUCGACGCAAAGACCAAGAGAACAAAGGGCGAGAAUGGACGCCGGAAUGCCAGCCAGCCUAACACCCGAAAUGGCAAGGUGCCCCGACCACAACGCAUGCUCCACCGAAAUUCAGCGAACAGAGAGGCGCAACAUCAUUCGCAACCUACACCGGCUUCUUCUGGGCAUGCAGCCGAACUGGAUGCAGGAUUUUCAGUGAAGGUACGAAUCCCUCAUGCUAAGGCGACGCUGGGGGAGAUGAACAAGCGCGUAAAGCAACUAUCGGAUUACAUCACCCGCCUUCAAGUCUCUAUGGCGACGGAACCAAAGUUGGAGCUCUCAGAUAGCAGUCCGGAACUGGCUAAUCAUCCAGAUGCGAAACCUCGGACUCCCCCUGCGCACAUAACGUCUCCUGCCGUGGAUUUUGCACCUGGACUCGUAAGAUCGCCGGAAGAGGUAUCAUCUGGCAGCCUACCCAACGGUUCACACACGUCCAACAACGGUUCAGAAAACGUAAAGGACCCGCUGUUGCGAGAGAAUGAACUGCCCACAAAGGAGGAAACAAGUUUGGAGAUGCUGGAUCGUCUCAAUCGUGCUUUAAUCAAAUUUCAAGAGCGAUUUGGUUCUCAAACGAGACGAUGAGCCAUUUCGCUAUGGUUGGAUCGGUCGUGGUAGGAAGUCUUUUUCCCUAGCUGGACUGGAUGGUUCCUCAGUGCAGUCUGUUCUUAUGAGUAUCUUGGAUUACGACGUAUUUGUGACUUUUGUAAACUUUGAUGUGCCCUUUGGCUUCUGUAAAUACACUGCUCAUGUUGUUCUAGAACAAAUCUUUACUAGAUUUUCCUUUUUUCAG